AUUUCGUUUCAUUUUAUUUUACUUAUCUGUGCGGCGUGUGAAAUAAUUUCAACUACUUCUCGUGUAUGAUCUAUCAUUUUAGACACCAACAUACUUGUAAUUAAUUUAAAUAAAAUUACAUACAUCGGAAUUUAUCAAUUAAAUAAACAAAAGAAGAAUUCACAAUGUCAAUAAGAGACCGGUAUUUAAUAGAGAGGAAAAUGCUGGAAAAACGUUGGGAAGAAUCUGCAGAAAACGAGUGGUCAAAACUAAAUUUCAAGGAUGAGUAUGAGAUGAUGACGGAAGUAAUACGUAUUAUAAAGUUCGAUGAUACUAAAAUAGAGUGUACGAAAAAAAGUACAGAAGAAACAGAGAAACUGUUGGCUGAAGCUAAGGCAGAACUCGCGAAGAAAUCAUCAUCAUCAUCAGAAACUGUUAUUGAAAUAUACACAAAAGCAAUUUGUAAUGCGGUGGCAAAUUCACCUGAACUAGCUCGAGCUUACGCAAAUCGUUCUGCUACAUUCUUCAACGCAGGUCUCUACGAAGAAUGUCUUACGGACAUCAAACGAACUUUGGAGAUCGGGUAUCCUGAUGAUCUUAAAGCAAAACUUUACUUACGACGUGCUAAGGCCUUGUGGGGAUUAGAGAAAAAAGUACGUCCUGAGGUUGAAGAAGCGAUAAUGGAAACUCGUAAUUGGAUUGAAUAUUUACCAAGGGAAAGUGAAAAGACACAAAUGAGGAGAUUAUUGAAAGAGUUUAAAAAACAUUCCUAUGAAUUAUUUAACAAAAAUUUUGUUAAUCUUUUACCCGACGCACCUACAAGUAAUCCAUUUAUCAAAGGUGCUUCUGAUGCCGUUAAAAUAAAAUACUCUAAAAAAUUAGGGCGACAUUUGGUAGCAACCAGAGACAUUAAAGUUGGUGAAGUUGUCUUGGUUGAAAAAGCUUAUGUUUCGGUUCAUAUUGAUGAGACUAAAUAUUCUUACUGCUGGUACUGUUCAAAACGCGCUUGGUCUAGUAUUCCGUGUACUGAAUGUACCAAAGUAGUUUUUUGUAACGAGACUUGUCGUGAUGCUGCUUGGAAUGAGUUCCAUGAUCUUGAAUGCCCGACUAUGGCUUCACUUCCUAUGGCUAAAUUUGGUUGGUUCGAUAUAAUGGCCCUUAAAUUAACAAUUAAAGCUAUCAAAGAAGCUGGAUCUUUAAAAUCAUUAAAAAAUAUUAUUGAUAAAAUUAAAUCAAAUCCAAGUGAGAGCAAACUGGGCGAAGAAGGAUUUGAUUACAAUAAACUUUCCCCAAUUUCUAUAAUUUAUAAUUUAUAUAACGAUUUAAAAUUUAUGCAAAAGACAGAUGGACAUAAAGAUUUUCCAGUAAGAAGUACUUACUUGCUUUAUGUAUUAGCAUCUAAAACUGAAUUACUGGACAGUAAAAUAAAUGACAUAGGUGAUCUUAAGGGCAAUGAAAUGGCAACUUUUUUGGGCUCAUUGAUUUUGAGAUUUAUGAAUAUUUCUCUCUUGAAUUCAUACGAGGCCAUUACCGUUAAAAAUAAGAACAAGUGCAAAAGAGGUAAAUUACUGGGUACGUUCGCCAGUUUUUUUAACCACAGUUGCGAUGAUAACAUCACUUGUUCUCAGUACCACGACUAUUUGGUCUUUCGCUCAACUUGUAUUAUUAAAAAAGAUGAACAAUUAUGUAUAACUUAUGGCCCGACGUUUCAUUGGUAUACAGUUGAGGACCGACGACGUAAACUCAAAACGCAGUAUAAUUUUUUGUGCGAAUGCAACGCUUGUUCUAAAAAUUGGGAUAAAAAUACUCUAAUUCCAUCUUUUCAUAAUCAAGCUCUAUUACCUGCAAAAAGAUACAAGGUGAUUUUAGAAUACCAUAGGUACAAUGAUUAUUUUGCAAACUUGACUGAAAAGGAUAUUGAUCACAAAAUGAACUUUGAACCUUCAUUCACACCUAUUUUGAUAAGUGUGUUGAACGUGUUGUAUGAGAAUGUUGAUAGUUUUUGCGUUGAAACAGUAUCAAGUAAAGCUGCGCUAAGUCACAAUUUCGUUUGUGGUGGAUAUUAAUCAGCUUAUAAUUGAUAAACAGCAUUCUGAACUAGUUUAUUAUUCAUAUCCUAGAAACAUGACUCAUAAGAUAUUCGACUUGACAAUUAAUAUUUCGUUUAAACAUAAAUAAAAUACCACUUAUAUUUUUUUUCAAUUACUGUGAAAUUUAAAUUCGUUUUCGACUUUUGUGGCUUAAUUUAAAAAUCAUGAGAGUAAUUAAGAUUAAUUGAAUUACUGACAAAUAAAAGAAUUCUUUCCAUUAUUCUGGU